AUGGAGAGCCUUCCUAAUUCCACCCAGAUGGAGCUUUUCCCAGCCCACCACUUAGGGACUCGGAACAUCAAUAACAUGCACCAUCUCUCCGUAAAUAAGCGUCAGUCGCAUCGACGAAGUGCUAGCCAUGUUCCCCGAAGCAUGACUAGCCAUGAGCUCUAUGAUUCGACGCAAAUGUUAGUGGACUAUAGUCAAAUGCAGAGAAGCGUCUCAAAUAUCUCAGACACACCUAUGACUGGACUAAGCCCACCCGAUAGCUCCUCGCAAAGUUCUAGUAAACCUAAAUUCAGGCAAUUAAGAGCUUUCCCGUCUCCACUGAAUACCGAAUUAAUCGAAGAUAAUCCCUCGACAGCAUCAUUAAUCACACCUAGCAGACAAAAUUUAAAUGGCUUCUCCUUCCCUACACUCAAUUCAUCACCGCACUCAUCGACACCUCAAAGGUUUGAGGACCCAGCUGAUUUUGUCAAUCGUCUCAAUGAACAGUCUAUCUCUCCAUACUUAAAUCAAUGUUUAGAUGCUAAUAUGCUGGCAACUUCAUCUCCCCCGGCCUCUACCCCUGUCAUUGCCUCAAUAUCAUCCGGCACAGAAACAAGAGCAACAAGUUCGCAGGAGAGCUGCAACUACAACUUUGUAGAUAGAGAUACGAUGACUCGAGAUGGUCUAGACAGUCAUGCUUAUGCUAGUCACGUGAACCAAACGUUUCAAUACCCGCUUUUUCCUUCUCAAGAGAUACCAAUUACUUAUUUCCCUGAGAAUUGUAGAUUCAAGAGUGUGUCCCAGGCCCAAGCACAAUAUUCUUGCAGCGGAGAUAUGAAAAGAUCCCUAUCGAGUGGUAGCUCAUCAUCAAACUCAUCAACUCGGAGUAUAAAACGUUUACAAGAACAGAACAAUCUAGCAGUCUCUCAACCUCUCAUGCCGAAAGGGAUUGGGAAGAGGGUUAUGGCUCACGGUAAAACCUCCCUAGUUACUAGAUCCAGGAAAGAAUUAGAAAAGAUAAACACAUCCAAAUCAACCUAUCAGCGGCCUAAACAUGAACGCGUGUACUGCAGACAAUGCGAAAGUCAUCCAGAGGGCUUCCGAGGUGAGCAUGAACUUCGUCGCCACCAGGAUCGAGAGCACAAAAAAUUGGUUCGUAGGUUCAUUUGCGUACAGCCUCAGGAUGGAAGGAGCCAUCCCGAACCUGUAUUUCCUCUGUCAGAAUGCAAAGCAUGCUAUCAGCAAAAAAAGAAGUACAACGCAUACUAUAAUGCUGCAGCACACCUACGACGCGCACAUUUCAUGCCGAAAGUAAAGGGUCGGUCAAAAAAUAAGCGACAGGAAAGUGAUAAACGUGGGGGUAAGGGUGGCGGAGAUUGGCCAUCUAUGACAGAACUAAAAUUUUGGAUGAGAGACGUUCAGGAAACUGCCGCUGAGAUUUCACGCGGCGUUCGGGCAGAUGAUGACGCCUCUAAUGAAGAACCCAAAAAUAACCAGGAAAAGGAGCCUCAUUACCUUCCUCCAGCUCCUUCGCCGUUUAAAAUAGUCGAUCAAAGUAUUUCUGAUGAAUUUCAAACCUCGCCUGCUCCUGUACCGCUCUUGUCUACGCCAAAUGUGUCAAAUGGGGGUAGUACUGAUGUCCCGCUCGACAUUUUGAAAGCACCGAACUCGUGUAUUGACAACCUCUACGACAUCACGACGCCGUUUAGUCAGGAUUUAUCUUCACUGCUAAUGCCUCCGUAUAUAAUGGAUCCAUUCCUCAUGUAUGAGAAUGCUAAUUCGAUGUCUAUACCAGGCUAUAGUGGGCACAUGUUGUACACGCCAGAAUUCUUGCAGUUUUCUAGUGGCUCUUAA